AUGCCACCCGCGUCACUGCCGUCGAAGCUCCGCGACACUGCUGCCAUUUCGCGAGGAAAGGAUGUUCGCAGAGGGAGCCAGGUGAGAAAGGGAGAGACGAGCACAAACCAGAUCAGGGGAGAAGGCGCCGUGUCCGGUAGCUGUCGUCACGUCGCCGCCGUCGUCCUCGUCACAGAGCCAGCCGCCGCCACAUAUAGAAGAGAAGAACACGAAGAGGAGAAACUGGGAACGUUGUUAUCGCCAUUGCUGCUGAAGACCAGCCACCACGCCGAGCUUUUACCGUCACCAUUCUGCCCGGUGUCGCCAGCACUGAAGUCGGCCGCUACCACUGUCGAGCCUUGUUGGAACUGGUGUUGCUUUUGGAGGUUUGGAAGGGAGGCUUGCUCGGAUUUGCUUCUGGUCCUGGUUCUCGCAGCUAUCGGAGCCUCUGCCACCAUCAGAGCUGCCAUUGAAGCUAUUGAUUUGGUUCCAAUUCCUCCAUUUUUGAGACCUGCUGCAUCUCUAUUUUCCCUGUUUACUGCUAGAACUAUCAUAGGGGAUACUGUUGAUGUCAUCAAGAAACUGUUAGAGCUGCUGUUGUUGCUGAUGCGAGUUAGAACGAAGUUGGAGUCACGAUUAAUUUUGUGGAUUUUGACUAACUGAGG